UAUGGCGACUCCCUUCCCAGUGUUGCUCGCAGAAAAUUGGUGAUAACAUUGGAGAUUGACGUCAAUUUAUUUUCUAAUCAAAUCGGUCGUUUGAUUAUCCCGUCUGGACUGGCUUUUAAUGCUUUUUUGUCUGUGGUAUCUGUCAAUACGUCAGUCACGUCAGUGUAUGCCUGUAUGGAGUGUGGAAUUGUGGUUUAGAUUGGUUAUAGAUUUGAGAUUAGCUUGUAAUAAAAACAACCACGAGAUUAUAGUAAUUGGAAUAUUAACUAUCUGUUAAUUCAAUUUUUAUAUUCCUGCUUUGGGAGUUUGUUAGACAAAGGUCUACUUGUGGGGAUUUGCAAGCACAAAACAACAACAUAGCGGUUGCCGUGAUGCAUUCGUGUAGCUGUUGUCUGCAGUGUCCUCCGGACAAGGACCUGACCACGCCGUACACAAAUCUCGGCAAAAUAGAGAUUUAUGCCGAUAUGAUCAAAGAGUGCUUUGACAUAAACCUGGUAGUGGGUGUCUCGAGCUCGUGCGGCAUCUGCUCGGCGUGCGUGGGCCGCCUGCGAGACGCGAGCGACUUCAAGCUGCAAGUGCAGCGCAGCCAGGCGGAGCUGCAGGCACUGCUUGUUAAAGCAGAGUCUGCGGUCAAAUCUGAGCAGGCUGAUGAUGGUGCGGAUGAUAAAUCUGUUGUUGAUGUUUUAUAUGAAGUGCCCAUACUGGUGGAGCAGUCGGAGGUCGGAGAGAAGACCGAGGAACUCGGGGAUGAAGACCCGCUCGUCAAGUCGGAGACGGAUGAUGUGAUGAGUGACGGCGACUCGUCAGCGGCGGCGUGCUCGGCCGGCAGCGCCGCCCGCGCCAGGGAACAGCUCGCGACGGCUUGUUCCGUGGUGCUCGAGCGCCUCCGCGGCGACGCCACUGCGAACAGUAAGAAAAAACCAUACGGCUGCGAACACUGCGGCAAGCGUUUCAGAAACAAGUUUAUUCUUAGGAAACACAUAGAAGACACGCACUUGUCAACUGAACCAAAACCAUUUGCAUGUGAUUUUUGUAAUUCUACGUUUCAAACCAAAUUGCUUGUGAUAGAACACGAGAAAAGCGAACACGGUGUUUCAAAUUUCAUGUGUGCUGAAUGUGAGUAUACAACAAGUUCCAAGAAAAGUUUAGAGACUCAUUUAAGGAGUCAUUCAUUGGAAUAUAAUUUUAAUUGUAGUCACUGUAGCUACACAAGUUCGUGUAAAACUGAUUUACACAAACACCAAACAGUACACACUGCUGGAAAAUCUUCUGAGUAUCGCGACCCUGAUUUCAAAUGCAGUGUUGUCUCAAACCUGCAACUUAACCAGAAGACGCACAACCGGAUGCAUGGAAUACUCACUGAAAAACAGCCUUACAAAUGUAGUCAUUGCGACUACGAGUGUAAAACUGGUUAUUUGUUACAAAUACACGAAAAGACAUAUACUGGCGAGAAGCCUUUUAGAUGUAACUACUGUGAUCGCAAAUUUUGUCACAAAUCAUCGUUAAAAACACACCAGAGGAUACACACCGGGGAGAGGACGUACACGUGUAGUCAUUGCGACCACAAAUGUAGAACUGGAUAUUUGUUACAAAUACAUGAAAGGACACACACCGGCGAGAAGCCUUAUAUAUGUAGCCACUGUGAUCGCAAGUUUUGUCACCAAUCAUCCUUAAAAUUACACCAGAGGAUACACACCGGGGAGAGGCCGUACACGUGUAGUCAUUGCGAUUAUAAAUGCAGGAGUAGUUCAGACAAACGAAAACAUGAAAGGAUACAUACUGGCGAGAAGCCUUUUCAGUGUAGCCACUGUGAUUUCAAAUGCAUUCAGAAAUCAUAUUUACGAACACACCGGAUGAUACAUACUGGGGCGAAGCCAUUUCAAUGUACCCACUGUCAGUACAAAUCCAAUGAUAUAUCCCAUCUACGACGGCACCAGAAGAAGCAUCAGGAGGCAACAACACACUGAGGAGAUGCUUUAUAGGGAAGUCGCGUUGGAGGGUAUGCCAGCUUUUGACUUCAAUCAAUCAAUUUUUCGUGUUAUGGCUCCAUCAAGGUGUUGAUGAUUCUGCCAAUGUCGAGGUUGGAUAAGACACGGCUAGUAUAUGAAUCUUAUCAUAUUACGGUCAUAGACAGUGUUCGGUGGAGUAUCCGAUAAAUCUGCAAAGAAAUACAAAUUACCACUAAUAGACUACAUAUUUUGACUUAAAUCGGAAACUUAAACCUGACAUUGACAUAUCACGUUGUCAAUAAGCAGGGGGCUCCUGUGCUGCCCCCUACAGCUUACGCGCGUUUUUGUACUAAUGUCACUGGAAUUGCGAAAGUCACUUUAACAUGUUUUAAAAGUAGCUUAUGUGGCUAUAGUAUUUUAUGCAACAGUUGUAUAAGAAGGGUCAAAAAAGGCGAGUGGCGUGAGUUACAAUGUGAGCCGGAGCCGAAGGCGUAGGCGAACAUUGUAAAGGAAUACGCCACGAGCAUUUUUUGACCUACUUAUACAACGUUGCAUACAAUACUUUUCCUACGAGUCAACAAAUAUAAAUCUUAAUUUAGGCAAACAAAGCAAAAGUAUAUAGCCAAGACGCGCGAGCAUACCUUGUUACGCGCCC